CUCGGCUCCUCCGAUUCGGCGCGAAUCGGAGGUUGCGCGGUGGAUCGGGGGCGAUCGGCUGGGAUGACGGGGAAGAAGCGCAAGGCGGAGGCGGCAAGGCUGGAGGAGACGGACCGCGCCAUGUACGGCGCCUUCCGGGGCGCCGCCAACUCGCUAUCGCAGCUCUACACGCUCGCCAUGGGCGGACAGAAGCUCUCCUUCCAGGCCGGCGAGCGCCACGCCAUGGAAAAGCUGUAUGAAUGGAUUUUGAGGCAGCAUGAAAAUGGAUUGAGGCUGACAGUUGCUGAUAUAGCCUCGCACAUCCAGCAUGAGAUUCAGUAUGGAGGCGACAAUCCAUUGGCCUCUCCAAGAUCACAAUAUGCUAGCCAAAGCACUCUGGCCACUGUCCAUGUACCCAACACAGGCAACCAUCAACCAUCUCCGAGCUUAUUUGCACUAGGAAACCCAGGGUUAACUCAGUCCAAGAACUCAGCAGUCUUUUCAAACGCAUUAUCCAGCCCCGUCCGCCGGGGUCUGCAACCAUACCAUCUGGAUCAGGCUGGCGAUGCAGGCUACUUCGCAAACGGCUCAAACCGUGAGCCAAAUCCCACUGCUUCGAACGACUCAUCCAUGGAUAUGCAUUCGGACAGCCCAGCUCAUGACGAAUCGUCCUGAGCAGUUUGCUCCACGGAGUUGGAAAGAAACAGCACAUCCAGAGAUAGAACAAAGUGGAAAAAGAACAGCCAAUGCAGUGAAAGAAGAAAAUUAGCUGCCAGCUGCCAGAUGCCUGAUGCCUGUUGUCGCCGCUCAAGUAGGACUAUUUGAUUUAACCCCGCCUCCAUUAGCCUGCUAUGCUAAGCAUGUCUUAUGUUUGUCACCUUUUACCGCCUGUUUCUUUGUGAAGAUACUGUAACCUUCAUGCAUCUGUGUUCUGGGUAAAAUUGUAAAACUUCGAUUUAUCUGUGCAUAUUACUGUCGGUAUGUGAUCAAGUGUAUUAUGCUGGCAAAAGGAAAACUUAUUAACAGCCUCUCUUU